GUCGCCAUUAAACUCAUAAUGGCGACGAGAAAUAUUGUUGUAGAAAGAUGUUUGAUCCUGAUCUUGCUCUACAUAUUUAAUACUGUGAUAUCUGAAAAUAACGUUGCCGUGAAUAAAACAACAGAACAAAGUAGUAACCAGGGGAAUCCGCAAUAUAUAGCUAGUAAAGUUGUAGAUGGAUGUACAAGUACAAAUUUAGGGAAUUUUUGCUGUACACAUACGGCACCUGGACAAGCAACGGCCUGGUGGCGUGUUGAUCUGGGCGAGUUGAUGACGAUUACUAGUAUCAUAAUAUACUACAGAAAUGGUUUUAAGCACAGAUUAGCCGGAUACGAGCUUUAUGUAUCAAAUACCACCAAUACGCCGACAGACGGCGUCCCCUGUUUUCAGGACACUAGUAGUACUAAAAGUGCUGUACAGCUGGUGGUGACACACCAGUGCCCGUAUGUAGGUCGGUAUGUGACAGUCUACAACUACAGAAACAACCCAAAACGAUACAACUGGUACAGUGAUUAUGCAAUAUUGGAGCUUUGUGAAGUUCAAGUAUAUGGAUGUCAAGCAGGGAAAUACGGCGACGGAAACUGUAACAUUCUGUGUCCACCAGCGUGUUAUGGUGGUAACUGUAAUUCCAAAACAGGAGCCUGUUUCUAUUGCUCCCCAGGAAAAUAUGACUCCUACUGUAACUCGGUUUGUCCCUCGAAUUGUAACAACAGUCUUUGCACUAAGGACGCUGGCGCCUGUUUAGAUUGCAUUGCUGGAAAAUACGGAAUCAAAUGUGAUCAGAGCUGUCCUGCAAAUUGUAAAGAUAAGUUGUGUGAAAAGUCAACGGGAAACUGUAUAGAUUGUGUUCCUCGGCAGUACGGCAUUAGAUGUGAACAGAAAUGUUCUACAAAUUGCCAGGACCGACUGUGUGAGGUCAACGGGAACUGUUAUGUCUGUGUUCCUCAGAAGUACGGCCCUAAAUGUGAACUUAACUGUUCUACGAAUUGCCAGGAUAGUCUAUGUGAAAAAGACAAUGGGGAAUGUUAUGACUGUAUUCCUGGAAAGCACGAUACUAACUGUGAUCAGAACUGUUCAGGAAAUUGUAAGGACCAGGUGUGUGAACGGGACACAGGAUCAUGUAAAGAAUGCGUUGCUGGAAAGUACAGUAAUGCAUGUGAUCAGGACUGUCCUGGAAAUUGUAAUGAGACGUUGUGUAGAAGGGACUCAGGACACUGCAUAGGUUGUACCAGAGGAGUUUACGGUACAAACUGUUCGAUGACAUGCAAUAGCAGUUGUGCUGAAUGUGAUCAGCUAAGCGGGGAAUGCACGGAAUGUAAGGCGGGUUUAUACGGAAUGAAAUGCAACAUUACAUGUGGAUAUUGCGGCAUCUGUAUAAAGGACACUGGCAUAUGUAUGACCGAAUGUGAUUCUGGUUACAAGGGACAUUUCUGCAAUACAAGACAAGCCAAAAUAUCCGAAAGUCCACCACCAACAGUUGACGCGGGGCCAAUAGUAGGUGGUAUUGUAGGGGUGUUUGUUGUCGCUGGCAUCGCUAUUGUUAUUGUCAUCAUCUUCAGAAGACGUCGUCUGAGUGCCGGUAAACAGGAAUCCUUUACCGAUAUCGGUCGUUCCAAUGUACACGAGAAGAACGUAUACAGUGAACCACCAGAAACAGAACAUCUGUCUGUCAAAUCUGAGUCGGCAGCGAAAAACAUCUACAGUAAUACACCAGAUCCAGACGGGCUACCCGAGAGCUCCGCCAAUGUAUACGUAAACACUGAGCAGGUGGCCAGACAAUCCGGAGCUGGUGCUAGCGUCUACUAUAAUGCCGGCCCUGUUGGAUUUCCCGUCUCCAGUCUCAAAUCUCUUGUUCAAACAAAAAUGAAAAACAAGGCCAAGGCUUUCGAGGACGAAUACAAGUCUAUACCGUCUGGUGCUUUACAUGAACAUAAAGUUGGAAUGUUACAACAAAACAAAGCAAAGAACAGAUUUAAGACUACGUUUCCUUAUGACCAUUCCCGUGUGAUUCUUGAUAAAGUUGGAAAAGAUCCACACUCCGAUUACAUCAAUGCCAACUACAUCGAUAGUGUUACAAAAACUGCGGAAUACGUAGCAACACAAGGACCGAGGCCCGGCACUGUGAAUGAUUUCUGGCGGAUGAUAUGGCAGCUACAGACCGCCAAAAUUGUCAUGUUGACAAAUCUCAUAGAAGGCGGAAGGCCGAAGUGCGACAAGUAUUGGCCAGACGAGGGAGAAUCUUUGACCACUACUAAUUUCAACAUUAUCCUGGACAGGGAAAGAUCAUAUGCCUUCUACGUCAUCCGUGAUCUUACAGUCACUGAAAAGAAGACGAAGUCAGUACGCCAGAUACAUCAGUUCCACUAUACCACGUGGCCCGAUCACGGGACUCCAGAUCCAAACGAACUCGUUGUCUUCCACCGCCGUGUGAUGAAGUACGGGACUGUCCUCACAGGCAAAAUGGUUGUUCAUUGCAGUGCUGGCGUAGGCAGAACAGGAACAUUUAUUGCCCUUGAUGCUCUCCUUGAAUACGGGAAGGAGUCCGGACACAUUGACGUAAAGCAAUACAUAAAAACCAUGCGGAAGGAUAGGAUCAAUAUGGUUCAAACUGCUGAACAAUACAUAGCUAUACACCAGCUCCUUAUCGAAGCCUUCGAUAUGCCAGACACACUGAUUCCAAGAAUGAAGUACCACACGACACUUACUGCUGUCUCCAAUGGCGGCCCAACGAACCAAAAAAAGCUCAGGAAGGAAUAUCAGCUGACACAAACUAUGAAAACAGCUUACGAUGAGACAAGCUAUAGAGCCGCCAUACUGCCAUCAAACAAAAUGAAGAACAGGACCUUGUCAGUCGUUGCAGUUGACAAGUUCAGGGCGUACCUUCGAUCAUAUACUGACUGUAGAACGGACUACAUAAAUGCCGUGUCAGUGCCAUCAUAUACGUCAAAAACUGGGUACAUCGUCACACAGACUCCUCUGGAGGACACCGUGGUGGAUCUGUUGACGAUGAUAAUGGACCACAGCUGUCAAACAAUUGUCAUCAUCGAUCCGGACGACAUUGACUGGCUUCCAGGCGAAGGUGAAGAUAAAUCCUUCGGGAAUUUUACGUUGGAACACAAAGGAAAGUCUUCAACAAUAGCAAAUGUCGAUUUGCUAGAAAUCGCAAUAGAAAACGCGGAAAAUAGCUUCAAUGUCACUGUUAAAGUGUUCCAUAUGACUGGAUGGGAUAGAGAAUCAUCAGUCCCCAAGGAUUCGUCCAUGUUGCUUCACCUACUGGAACUUGUUGACAGCAGACGCAAAUCGGACGAUACCAAGGCAACAAUAGUCAUGUGUCGUGAUGGCUAUUCCCAGAGUGGGCUGUUCUGUUGUAUCAGUAAUGCAAGAGACCAAAUGAAGAGCGACGAAGAAGUAGAUAUCUUUCAGAUUUCACGUCAGAUGCUUGUGCGACGUCCAGCAUUUGUGAUCAAUUUUGACCAGUACCAAUACUGCUACAACGUGAUCAAAGACUAUCUGGAUACCACCGACGUGUACAUGAACUGAUUAAUAAGUACCUGGAUACCACUGACGUGUACAUUGACUGAUUAAUGAGUACCUGGAUACCACUGACGUGUACAUGGACUGAUUAAUGAGUACUGGGAUACCACUGACGUGUACAUGAACUGAUUAAUGAGUACCUGGAUACCAAAGACUUGCACAUGAACUGAUUAAUGAGUAUCUGGAUACCACCGACGUGUACAUGAAUUGAUUAAUGAGUAUCUGGAUACCACCGACGUGUACAUGAACUGAUUAAUGAGUACCUGGAUACCACUGACAUGUACAUCAACUGAUCAAUGACUACCUGGAUACCAUCGCCGUGUACUUGAAAACAUGUAUUUUAAACGGAGUAUAAGGAAAGUUCUUAAAUGUACUGCUUUCGCUUUAAUAGUUUACCGAAGAAUCAUACUCUGGAAUUGUUUCCGUAGUAAACAGCGAUAUAUUACAGCUGUAUUAAGUUUUAACAAUGAAGUGAAAAGGCUGAAUCAUCCAAGGAAACUAUUUUAGAAACUUUAGCUUGCUUUGGCGAUUGUUACACUUUAUCCUGUAAAUAUCUUAAUCCUUCCAUAGGUUAACAUUUUUUUGUCAAGGACGCGACGACAACCAAUCUAAGUUCACAUAUACAUAACCUGAUUGUUUUAUCCAUUAAUCAUCAUGCAUCUCACUCCUAACGUUAGGAGAAGUAAUUAUGCUGUUAGUUAUACAGAGGAACAUUUACCUCAGUCAUGUAUUCAAUCAGAUGACAAAAUAUUACUCACUUGAAAUUGUAUUUUAUGAUAUUCACAUUUGCUCUGCAUCUUUCUAUUGCUUGGUGACCGCUCCGUUGAACCCCCGGUCACGUUACACUAUGAGAAACUUUGUUUACUUUUCGAAUAGAAACAAAUCAGUACUUAAGGCUGUCCAGCAUCAGCGCCAAAUUCAGCAAUAAAACAAAAUGUGAAAGAAGAUUUAAUAAAAUACAGAAUCCUUAACUUUGAUUCCUCUAAAGUUUAUACAUCUACUGGAGGGGGAGGGUGUGUAGAGGGGACAAGUAAGUGUUCGGUGAGCCAGAUUAACUGGUUAGGGAUGGUUUUAAACUUAAUGAAACCUUUUAUGAUUAUGCAUGUCUUCAAAUGUUAAAUGUUAUAUGAAAUCAAAAGCGUUUAGCAGCUAUGAUAAACUUUUAAACACAACUGAAUAGUCCACUAUUUUCUCCGGGAGGGAUGUCAACAUCUUUAAAUAGUAACUUUCAGUGAGGUUAUAUUGCAUUAUUUGAUUGAAGUAAGUCGUGCGGAGAUUAUCGUAUAAUGGGCAUCGCAAAAGAUAAUGAAAGUUUGUUUCAUUCAAUAAUCCCCAUGAGAGGACUUUCAAUCAAGCCUGUCGAGUGGGGUAACUAUUCAUGGAGCUGCAUUUCUUUCUGAUAUAACUAUAUCUACUUGGAGAGAAGAAGUUUAAAGGAACUUUUUAGGAAUGGCCAUGUGCGUGUUUCAUAAUUUUCCGUAACGAUGGAUUCGCUUAAAUUUAACAUCGGAAGAUAUUUUCAGCUUUUUUAGACGAAGGGAAUCAAAAAAUUCUGAAAUAAAAACGUAUGACAAAGCAAUAGAUGAAAGUCUUCAUCAUAUUCUCUAGUAGCAUGAGCAUUUAUAUUCCCAUCUUUAUGACCAGGAUUAAAUAUUUAAAAGUCUCUAUUGAUAAGAUCCGCACUAGUUGCUGGACUAUCAACAAAUGUAUACAAAGAAGUGUCAUCAGCGAAUAGCUUAAUAAUCGGCUGUAUGUCAUUGGCAAUAUCGUUAAUAAAAAUCAAAAACAUCAAAGGGCCUAAAAAUGAUCCUUGUCGUACACCAUCUGAUAUAUUACGCAUUUGACACUUUACCAUUUAUAACAGUUCCAGAAUAAUGUUUAAACCAUUCCAAUAAAUUUCUACUAAUGCCAAAAGAUGAUAAUUCUAAAACUAAACCACUGUGCCAAACUCUAUCAAAGGCCUUUCUGAUAUCGCAGAAGAUCAUACUAAUUACUUUAUACUUUUUAUCUAACGCCGAUUUACAU